CUCUAAGGAGGCUGGAAUAAUUUGUGAGCUUUGGCGCUCUCACAUAGUUUUGUCAAUGCGGAUCACUGCAGAAAAAGAAGCAGCGCAGUAAAGCGUACGUAAAUCUUUGUCAUCGAUGCCUGGUAUGAGCAAGUGAAAGAAGAUCUAAAACGAAGCUCUAAACGCGUCACCUUUGGCCUCUCUCACAUAUGCCCGCUUUGGGCAUAUUGGAUCAUGGCAGUUUGGUUGGAAAGAAAGAAAGCGAAAGAAAGCUACGUACGUAAAUCUCUGCGUAAGUUUCAAACAUUUUUUCCUUUUCGGUGGUUUCUCGAUGAUCUUGCCCGAGUGAAAGAAGUUCUAAAGAGGCUGGAAGAAUUGUGCUUUCUCACAUAUGCCCGCUUUGGGCACAUUGGAUUAUGCCAGUUAAUUAAUGCGGAUCACGGAAGAACGCUCACAACAUAUACGUAAAUCUGGAGCAAGGCCACUUCCAAACACCACAUUUCCUUUUUGGUGCCUCGAUGAUCUUGCCUCGUUCAUGGAUUCUCGCGCAAAGCUAGCAAACAAAUGUGUGUCAGCACCACCAUAGCAGCAGUGAGGGAAGCUCUAACCAGACUAGAACAAUCUCCGCGAGCAUCCAACACAGCCACCUAUGUCACGCUCCUCAAACAGUGCGGCGGCGCGAGAGCCCUGUGCGAGGGCCAGAGAAUCCACCGCCUCCUGUCCGCGGCGGCCAUAGACACCACCCUCUUCCUCGGCAACUCCCUCGUCCAGAUGUACGGCGCCUGCGGCAGCCUCGACGACGCGCGUACGGCAUUCGACCGCCUCGCCCACCCAAACGCCUUCUCCUGGAAUAUCCUCAUCCUCGCCUACGCCCAGAACGGCCAGAUUCCCCUCGCCCGAGAUGCCUUUGACCGAAUGCCCGCGCGGACCAGCGUGACGUGGAACACACUCCUAACAGCAUAUGCUCGGGCUGGGCAUAUGCCGGAAUCGGAGCUCCUGUUCAAAAAUAUGCCCGAGAGGGGCAUCGUGACGUGGAACAGCAUCGUCGAGGCAUAUGCCCACAACGGCCUCGUCUCCAAUGCCACGACUGCGUUUGACAAGAUGCCCUUCCACGAUGCGAUCUCCGGCACCACCAUGAUGACCGCAUAUGCCCAAACCGGGCAUGUCGUGGAGGCCAAAGAGCUCUUCCUGCGAAUGCCGGAGAAGACCUCCGUGUCCUGGAACUUCAUGAUCCUGGUGCUCGCGAACCACAAGGAGCUGGCCAGAGCCAAGACCCUCUUCGAUGCCAUGCCGGAGAGAACCGCCUACUCGUGGAACAUCAUGAUCCAAGGCUACGUCGACAACUCGCGGUUCCAGAGCGCUCUCGCCGCCUUCGAGAGGAUGCCGCAGAGGAGCACCGCGUCCUGGAACACGGUGCUCGCCGGGCUCGUCGCGGCUGGGCACCUCCGCGAGGCCGAGAGGGUGUUCGAAGCGACGCCACACAGGGACUUACACGCGCACAACACGAUGGUCUCGGCGUACUGCAAAGCCGGGGCACUGCACAGAGCCAGGGAGUUAUUUGACGAGACGCAAAACCGGAAUGGUGUUACCUGGAACACGCUGCUGUCCGGGUACGCCACCGCCGGGGACAUGGCACGGACGAGGAGCGUCUUCGACAAAGUUCCCCACAGAAACUUCGUGUGCUGGAACGCACUGCUGCAGGCCUACGUCCAAAACGGGCAGCUCUCUACCGCCAAGGCCACCUUCGACGUUUCACCGUGCAGAGACGUUGCCUCCUGGAACGCGAUGAUGCAAGGCUUUGCGGAGGAAGGGCAGCUCCAGGACGCGGAGCUUCUUUUCCAGAGGAUGCCCAAGCGGGACGUUGUCUCUGCAACCGCAUUGGUGGUGGCCUAUGCCCGGCACGGGCAUAUCACCCAAGCCAGAGCCCUGUUCGACGGUCUUCCUGUACGAGAUACCAUCGCUUGGAACGCCAUGAUCGCGGCCUACACCCAAGCAGGCCUUGCUCUGGAUGCUCUCAACCUGUUCAAAGUCAUGGACCUGGAAGCGGUGCCGCUGGACCACGCAUCUCUAUCCAGCGCUCUCGAUGCCUGCGCGACUCUGGCAGCUCUCCGCGAGGGGAAGUUGAUCCAUUCCAGCAUCCUUCACUCCGAGUUGUUCCACUCCAACACCAUCGUAGCCACGUCGCUCAUAACCAUGUACGCACGCUGUGCGCGGCUGUGUGAGGCGAAGAGAGCGUUUGACGGGCUCACAAAGCGGGACGUCCCUUGCUGGAACACGAUGGUUGCUGCUUACUCCCAAAACGGCCUCUUCCAAGAGAGCCUGGAGAUCUUCCGGACCAUGGAAGUCGAAGGACACAAGCCCCAGAGCGCCAGCUUCAUCUGUAUUCUAACUUCCUGUAGCCACGGAGGUCUGCUCACUGAAGCCCUGUGGUACUUCACAGCCUUGCAACUAGUCGAAGACCACGGGGUCGUGCCAACUGUGGAUCACUACAUCUGCAUCAUCGACCUUCUGGCAAGAAUAGGCUGGCUUCACCAGGCGGAAGAGCUGCUCAACACGAUGCCAUUCGAACCGGACUCUGUCGCGUGGAUGGCACUGCUCGGCGGCUGCAAAGGCCAGAAUGACGUCCAAACGGGAGCACGGGUGGCCAAACAUGUCUUCCAGCUGCAGCCAAGAACGCCUGCACUGUAUGUUCUCCUUUCCAACACUCACGCCUCCAAUGCCGUGGAGGACGAAGAGAUUCCGUGACGCAAUAUCAAAUGAUUUUCAUUUCUGUUGUUGUCCCAAAUGCUUGAACGAUUACUACUUUGACGAGUAGAAUGUCACGUCGGGAGCUGUAGCUAUGAAACACUUUGGCAUUUCAAUCCAAGUGAAAUGAAUGCGUUCCAUUCAAA